AUGUUCUCCUCUCGGCGACGCGCUGCCAGCGUUUCCCAGCACCGCGUGGGCAAGGAGUCCUCCGGCAAGCGGAAGAUGUCCGUCAGCCACACUCCCUCCAUGAGCCGCCGCAUGGAGUCCGAGGUCAAGUCGACCCCCUCGAGCGGCACCAACAGCCCUGCUCUGACCUCGGCCAUCAUCACCGUCUGCGUCGGCCGUGACCAGCGCCUGUUCGCUGCUCACGAGGAUGUUCUCUGCCACUCGCCCUACUUCCAGGCCGUCUGCAAGGGCCAGUUCUUCAACUCCACGGCCAGGCGGAUCGACCUUCCCGACGAGGAGCCCGAAGUCUUCUCGUCCGUGCUGGAGUACCUGUACAAGGGCGACUACUACCCGCGUCUGGAGCACGACAAGAAGAGGAACAGCUGGCGCCUCGAGGACUCCAGCGGAGGCGAGACCACCGUCUACGUCAACGGCAUGGGCAUGAUCCUGAAGGACACGGUCCUCUACUGCACUGCCGAGAAGUACGGCCUGGACGAGCUCAAGCGCCUUGCUCUCCGGAAGCAGGGCCUGCAGUCGGGCAUCCAGUGCAGCACCAUCCUGGCCUCGGCUCGCUACGCCUACGCCAACACGCCCGACACGGACAGCAAGCUCCGUGCUCACUACCUCGCCCUCAUCAUCCGCUCCCGCCACACCUUCAAGCGCAGCGGCACCAUGCAGAACGAGAUGGAGCACGGCGGCAAGCUCUUCUUCGACCUGUUCGUCGCCAUGUGCAACCACAUGGACGACCUCCAGGGCACCAAGGGCCGUCACUAG